AUGACAAUAAAGACGGUGAGUGAUUUAUGUCGUCGAUAUUCGACAGUUUCUCAUCUUGAUCCAUCGACGAGUGAAGGCAACACAAUGGGUUUCAUGUAUUGGCAGUUGAACGACAUUUGGCAAGCACCAACAUGGGCGUCAAUUGAAUAUGGCGGUAAAUGGAAAAUGUCACAUUACUAUGCGAAACAGAUGUAUCAAUCAACCUAUGUUUUACCCGUUCUUGUACCAAAAGUCGAAGUGAACAUUUCUCUAUAA